AUGAGAGUACGCCCCAGUUUGCAGCCUGUUCGCGCUGCAUUUCGUGGGACUGCCAUUAGACACAGGAGUUCAAUUUCCGGUCCAUACCUCCUGGACGAGUACAUACCGCGCUACCAGCUCCUCACGUCGGUACAGGAAGCGAAGAAGCGUUCGCUGGCCUAUGCACAUCUGCGACAAUGCAAUCUCUGCCCUCGUUUGUGCUCCGUCAACCGCUUCGAGAAGAGGGGGACAUGCCUCAUUGGUAGCGAUGUCGUGGUCAACACCAUCGCUCCCCACUUCGCUGAGGAGCCGUGCAUAUCGGGGCGCAAUGGCAGCGGCAGUGUCUUCUUCAGUGGAUGUAACUUGAGAUGUGUCUUCUGCCAAAACCAUGAUAUAGCGCAUCAGAAGAAUGGCUUCGACCUGACACCAGAGCAGCUGGGCGAAUGGCUGAUCAAGCUUCAGGAGGUCGGAAACGUGCACAACAUCAACUUCGUGACGCCAGAACACGUCGUACCGCAGGUCGCAUUAGCCAUCCUCCAUGCGAAGAGUCUCGGCCUCACCGCGCCUAUCGUGUACAACACGUCCAGUUUCGACUCUCUAGAAAGCCUCGAGCUGAUGGACGGCCUCGUGGACAUUUACUUGGCCGACUUCAAGGUAUGGACCUCCGAGAGCGCCAAGCGCCUUCUCAAAGCCGACAACUAUCGCGAGACUGCAAUGGAGUCCAUCCGCAAGAUGCACGCUCAAGUAGGAGAUCUGGCAUUCACCGCGGACGGCAUCGCCAAAAGGGGAGUCCUCUUGAGGCAUCUCGUGAUGCCAGGACUAGGAAACGAGGGCGAACAGAUCGUGAAAUGGUUGGCAGACAACGUCAGUAGAGACUUGUAUGUCCAUAUCAUGGAGCAGUACCACCCCAGGGCGCAUGUGGGCAAAGCGAGGCGGACGACAAGAGGCAAUGCCACAGGCGCGACAGCUGGCAUAGUCGAACCAGGCGGUAUACCUGCUGCAGAGAAGGCGAAGAAAGAGGUCAGAUACCAGGACAUCAACCGAGCUGUCAGCCUCGCCGAAGUAGACCGCGUCAGGAAGGCUGCUGAGGAAGCCGGUCUCUGGCGCUUCAACGAGGUAUCAGAGCAUGCUGGCUUCGCCUGAAUCGAACUAUUCGGACAUGUCUGGACCAUGUUCAUAUCCGAGGCUGAUAUCACGGCCAUACAUUCGACGAUUUCCCCAUUCGUGAGUGGACGCAGAGGCAUGUCGAUCAUGCACCAGCCGAUGACCUACCGGCAGCAUGUGACGACGUGUAAAGUCGCAAAUAAUAUGUGUUCCUAGUUGACAAUCCAGCGCGGUCGCGUUGGAAAUCGCGUUUCGACCGCCGGAGCGACACACCCGAUCAUAUAUCGAGACCGAAGCAGUGGACAAACUUGUCGCUUUCCGAUCUGGAACGCAACCGACGAUCUGGCGUGGAGUGUUUCAAAGCCAGAAAUGCUGGGUGUACAUCAGGAAUCCACUCACACCUACCGUAUCUUGGCGAACUUCUUUGUUUGAAGUUGCAGCUCGCUUGUCUGCAAACUGAUACUCGUGCAUUGUUGUACUCGCUGACUACGUGUCGCGUGUCAAGCACCGGAUACGGCAAUGCCACGAUUUGGGUGCGACUUUAGGGUGUACUCGAGUACCACGCAUCUCGUCCGUGGCCCAACGGGAGCGCUCGUGGUCAUCUUGCGAGCUCCAAAUACCAGUGACAAUGUGAUGAGAUAGGGUGGGUGUGCGCAAAGGUCCCUCUUUGUCCGAAAGCAGAUCAUGACAGCCUAUCUCAUGGCAAUUACCGGAGCUCAAAGGGAUCCAUUGUGGACAUACAGCCACCGCGGCGAUAACUUAGAAUAGCCUCUUCUCCUUUGGUUCUCUCGAGUGCCACGAUCAGCACAAAAGCCAUACUAAAAGGAACCUGUUGCCCAAACUGAAGCGCACAUAGAAGCCCCACCAUCUCUCCUCUUCUAUACGCUAUUACCUUUGCGCGACGAGCCGGGCUCUCGCGUACCACACAGCCGACCAAUCUGCUCAGACAAGCGCCGCCUCAAGAUGCUGUCCCCAGCGCAAGCUCCUAACAGGCUGAGUGUGCUGCAUGAGCAGCACCACAAAUCUACUGCAGAGCUUGCACGAACACACCAGAUGCUUAGCAAGCUGUACAAGAAGCUCUCCAAAGCGGAACGAGUACUCGCUGAACGCCAGGAACGACAGCUGACGAGGGAUCAACGCAAAAAAUGGCAAUACACCCGCGUUCUGACUAAAAGAACCAUCUCCGAGAUGGAGUUGGGCCAGUUUUACCUCCACGAUGAUUUGCAACAACUCAAUGAACUCAUAUCGUACCACAGUUCCUCGUGGACGACCCCUUGGACGGGCCUAUACGCGCCUCCGCCGUCUGCGUAUAGUUCGUUGACUCCCCUCAGUCCAAUCUUCACUCCCUACGCAGAGUAUAGGCCGGCCCCCAGAAAUCAGAUCCAGUACUGGGAUCUGUCCGGCCUCCCGGAACGAUCAUCCUCGGCCCACGGAUCGCCCUCCGCGGAUAGCGGCUACCACGAGCCUGCGGCGCAGGGUUUAGGAAUUAUCACCGAGGGUCAAUCACAGGACAAUAAUGAGCAACAUACAGAUGAUGAGAUGAAGACGGCGUUUGCCUUCAACUUUGAAAGUCAGGAAGCAACAGAGAAUAACAGUCGAGACCCAUCUUCACAGGAGCAAGACGACGUGGUGCCUGAUCUACAAGAACUUGUUUCUCCCAUCGCGGAUACCUCCUCGUCGCGUGUCCACAAACGAUGCGUGUCAGCGAACGCCGCUCAACUGAAUCUGGGCAGUCUGGCGCCUUCAUCUCCCAAGAGAGGCGCCAGCGUCGGACCCGCGCUGGAUCGGAUAUCCGUCAUUCUCGAACGCCGGGCGUGAUGGUCGUCCGAUCGAUCGAGGGGGACAUAUAUCAUCCCUGUAUGGGGUGCAUGUGUUGGGUUCUGGCAGCCGCGAGGCGUCUGCGGAUAUGACGGAAGUGGGAGAUCUUAUAUAUGUAUGUAUCUUUAUCAGUCGGUCAGUCGGGUUUCAUUUGCAUGUUUUUUUCGUUCUAUUUGUACAUAUGUACCUACCUUACCUACCUUACGGUCAUUUGCAUGUAUGUGGUUUGAUACAGAAA